AUGGAGUCAUACAACUGUCCGCUCCCAGAAGAAAUCAUAACAGAUAUACUUUCUCGGUUACCAGCAGAGUCUGUAUCAUCCCUCAAACACGUAUGCAAAACAUGGAGAAAUCUUCUGGUUGAUCCUAACUUUGCUCGAAUUCAUCAAGAAUUUCAUGCUAACAGAGGCGAUACUGGUGCUUGUAACAACUAUAAGCAUCUUACAGUUGCAUCAAGGUUUGGUUAUCUUCCUUCAACUAAUGAAUACAAGGUUGUCAGAAUCUAUUACGAAUGGAAGGAUGAAACUACACUCGGAAAGGUCGGAAAAGUGCAGGUAUACACUUUUGGUGGGGAAAACGGUAGUAGUAAAAAUUGUGGCCAAUGGAGAGAUAUAUGCGACAUUGAUUACAACUUUGAACAUCUAAAUGGUGUUUACUUCAACGGAGCUCUACACUGGCUGGACCACAGCCACAGUGAUAGAACAAGGAUCAUGGCUUUCGAUUUGGCAAUGGAGGAGUUUUUUGUCGUCAAGUCACCACCGGAUAUUGAUAACUUUUAUCAACUUUGCCUGUUGGGAGGUUACUUGGCUAUUUAUCGCAACAAUGGUUCUUAUUUUCCGGAAAGCAGAAGAUGGGAUGUAAGCUGGCAUAUAUGGGUUUUGAAGAAGACGAAUCAGAAUAUGAUGAGUUAUGUAAUAAAGGAGAAUGAAGAGUACUACGAUUCUUCUUGGAGAUGGAGUAGGAUAUUCAGUGUAGAUCAUGCACAGUUGAGCAAUUUUGAGUGUCAGCCGUUGGGCGUCACGAACAGCGGUGAAAUUUUAUUUAAGUACUGUGAACGAUCUGCAUUGUGUAUUUAUAACCCAAAAACCGAAACGUUUGAAGAAAUAUCUUGUGGAAUCAAUUGGAAGCCGAGAGAAAAACAUAUUUGCCUGUUUCAUCAUGUAAACACCUUUGUUUCUCCAAAAGGUAUGACAUGA